AUGUCGCGAAAGCGAGCAGUUUUGUCGCUCGGCGAAAAGCUGCGCAUCAUAGAAGAAGCCGAAAGGCGGCAUGGAGCCACAAAAGCAAGCAUCGCCCGGGAGCUAAAGAUAGCGGAAUCUUCGCUCAAAACUAUCUUGGCGAACAAGGCUUCGAUUCUUGAGAACGCAAGCAAGUUCGGUCUCAAGCGGAAGAUGGCCAAAGAAGGCGCGCACGAGAAGUUGGAAAAGGUGCUGGUAAAGUGGUUGCUUCAGGCGCGGAGCUCCGCCAUCAAUAUUGACGGCGCCAUCCUCAAGGAGAAGGCCGACCUCGUGGCGUUGCGCCUUGGCAUUGACGGUUUCAAGGCGUCGAACGGAUGGUUAGAUCGUUUCAAAAAGCGAAAUAACAUCGUCUACAGCCGCUCCUGUGGAGAAAGUUCGACAGUAGACGUUUCCACAGUGCAGGAGUGGAAAGAAACACUGCCGGACUUGAUCGCGGCAUACAAGCCUUGUGACGUUUUCAACGCGGACGAGAGUGGUAUUUUUUAUAACAUGCAACCUGAGCAGACUCUCACCUUCAAGGGUGACAGCUGCCACGGAGGGAAGCGCAGUAAGGAGCGCUUGACGGCUCUGUUUUGUGCCAACGAAGACGGGUCCGAGAAGCUGCCGGUGCGCGUUAUAGGCAAAUUUGGCAAGCCACGGUGCUUUAAGAAUAUUCGGACGCUGCCGUGCAGCUACGAUUUCAACAAAAAGGCGUGGAUGACGUCCUCUAUUUUCACCAACUUUCUGCAGCGGCUGGACAACAAAAUGGGUGCGAAGGCGCGAAAAAUUCUUCUUUUUAUGGAUAACGCACCAUGCCACCCACCUGACACGACCAGCCUGCGGAAUGUCAAGGUGGUGUUUCUACCGCCAAACUGCACAAGCUGUCUGCAGCCACUGGAUGCCGGAAUCAUCAAGUGCGUGAAGCAGGGCUACAGAAAGCGGCUUGUGCAGCGUCGGCUGGCGGCAAUGGAACGCAGCGAGGAGGAAAAGAUCUCCGUGCUCGACGCUAUGCACAUGAUCGCCAGUUCGUGGAGCGCAGUGUCGCAGAGCACAAUUGCGAACUCGUUUAGGCAUUGUGGCUUUGUGCGAGAGACUGCCUCCACUGCUGACGCCUCCACCGCUGGCGACUCCACAUCCUUGAUGGAGGAGAAUGCAAGCACCGUCGACGACGACGACUUCGAGCGCCUGCACCCAUCUACAACCUUCGCCGAGUUCGUGGAGGCCGACGACGACGUUGCCGUCUGCAGCGAACUGUCGCUGGACGAUGCAAUCGCGGAGGCAUUGCCCGAUGCCGACACUGCGACAUCCGACGAGGACGACGCCGCCGCUGCCGACGCCGCAGAUGUUGCCGUCCCUACGUCAUUUGCCGAUAUGCUACGGCACAUAGAUGGCAUAAGGAGCUACGUUUGUACACGCAAAGCCACGGAGGACGUUCUUUCGGACGUUGCCAAACUUGAGGGGAAGCUUUUGCGGUUGGGCUCCAAGAAAGUGCAAAAGAAGCUCACGGAUUUUUUUUAA